AUGGCAGCACGCAACGCAGACUCGAUGACCAACGCCCAGGGCGAAUUCAAACCAUCCAAACCACGCUCCGAACCUCUCGAGACCAGCGGACACCAAGUCGGCGUCAAAACCAGUCCAGCCGACCACGCGCCCGAAUUCUCCGCCAAAACGCUCCCUGCCGGCACAGCGCCCUCGGAAUCGACCUACCAACCCAACCCGGUGUCCGAGGUGCCGGGCCAAGCGAACAACGACGACGUCCUGCGAAGCCACGGCAAGGAAGGCGUCCGAACAGACCCGCUGAGCACCCUGCCCGGCGCCACCUCGGCAGACGUACACACCGGUCUCGGCCACCCCGGCCAGGGCCAGACGUCGACCGAGAUCCGACAUGAGGGACACCACACGAGCAAGAAGCACACUUCGGGCCCCGAAGGCGCGGGUGCCACGGGCGGGAGCGGCCUGAGCGAUCCCAACGACGUCAGCCCCGAGUUCCGCCGAUUGCAGCAGGAUGGGGACCACCCGAGAGGACCGCUCGCCGGCCAUAAUGCCACGUUGGCUGGUGCUGAGUCCAAGCAGCCUGUGAGUGAUGUCGAGUUGGCCGCCGAGGGGAACAGUGCAUGA